UACAACUACAAGAAGUUAAUCUUCGUGAGCUCUAAAAAAGCCGAAGAAUUAGAAUGGCAUUGACAUUCAGGAGUGUGAACUGCAGCCAGCUAUUGCUGAGGCGUCUUACACCUUGCAUGACAAAACGUGUUACUGCCACUGUCAGCACAUGGAAAGAUGAGCAAAACAAGUUCUUGGAAAAAAAUGCGACUUUAAAACGUCCCAUGUCGCCACACAUCACAAUUUACAGCUUUCCAUUGACUGCACUAUUGUCGGGUUCUCACCGUUUCACAGGACUUGGCAUUUAUGCUGGGCUUGCUGCCUUUGGAGUGAGCGUGAACCUACUCCCUGGUGAUUUGGCAUCCAAUCUGGCUCUUGUCAAGUCACUUUCAUAUGGUCCUGCACUUAUCUUCUUGACCAAGUUAUAUGUUACCUGGCCAUUCUGCUAUCAUUACAUAAAUGGAAUACGACAUAUGAUUUGGGAUACAGGCCGAGGUAUGGAUUUGAAGUCGAUGUACUCAACUGGCUAUGCUGUGCUUGGAUCAUCCAUUGUGAUUGCAUUGGCUAUUGCAAUGUUGUAGUACACUUAUUAAUACAUUCAACAUUCAAGCUUAUUGGCGUCAAUUUACAGGCCGCCAUUAAUCUGAGUGUGCGAGAUGAGAUUUCACAACACUGCCCUUUCUCAUGGAAUUUAACCAAAGAAAGUCGUCCAGUAUAAACAACAGUGGUUUGCAUCAUGUCAAAGCAAUUCCAAUGCUGCACUAAACAGGAUCUGAAGAAUGCGUUUUGUUUCAUUAGAGAAAAGGGCCUAUUUUAAUGAAGGGUUGUGCAUUGUUGAAACACGGUACGUGAGUUACUAAUCCAAGUGAAGACACAUGACACACUUGGCUGAGGAUAGUAUGAGAUGAUGCUUACAUGUCCAUAGUGAUGAAGGUUUGCAUACCACACACCCAGCCAUGUGCUUGAAUACAUCAUGUUGUUUGCAUCAGUUUUUCAUUUCUUUUUGCUCCUUUCAUUAUAAUGUGCCACAUCAGAACUUUCACAGUUGCAGAAUGAUACAUGCACUUUCAAAACUGAACGGAAAUGUUAGGAUGGGUGCUGGGUUAAACAAAGUGAAAUAAGUAAUUUCUAAAAACACCCAAAAACUUAAUUUUCAGUAAUUUUCCAAUUUUGGGGGGAAAUGGGGGGCAUUUUUGUUAUUAUGAAAAUGAUUAUUUGUUAAUUAUUUGCUAAGCAUUAUUUGCUAAUUUUUGGAGAUAAAAAAAGGAGUAAAUUUCAGGUAGUGUUAGGAAACUGGAUACAAGAAAUUGGAUUAAUCGUGUAAUAACAGGUUUGUUUUCUGUGCUCACUUACUUGUAGGUUGAAAGUAUUAUUGGUUCUGUAUUAUGUUACUGAAAAAUAUACCAGUACCAUAUUUUAGAAAAAUACUAUAUCUGGACUAUUCCUGGCUGUGCAGGAAUAGUUAUCGCAUGUCAUGUCCAAAAUGAGUGCAUCGAUUUUCUUGAAAAAAAGAGGAAAUUUAAAGGUCAUGCAUUGUUAAUGUAUCCAUUGUACAUUAUACAACUGUUGCCUGCUGUGGCAGAGUCCAUGAUGUUUUGUACACCCUCGGGGGCAAAUGGCACCCGAAGCGAAUGCCAUUUGCCCCUGAGGGUGUACAAAACCCAUGAACCCGUCACAGUAGGCAACAAUUGCUUUGUUAUACCACGGUAAUAGAUUACUAACGACUGAAACUGUGGGUCUCUUCCUGUUGCGGUACAUACUUUUCGCACAGAAUUUUCUGUAAUUCUUCGUGUUGAUGCUGUCCUGUUCAAAAAUCAAAUUUCUGAUCUCGUCUCUGGAACAAGAGAGAAACCUCUUCUUUGGAGGCGAAAUUUGCACAGUAAAUGAGAAAAGCAGACGAACUGUGACGAAUGAUGUACACAACAAUGGCGGUCGUAGCAGAAAUAUUGCUUCACUUUUCCCAAUGGUACUAGACUGUUUCCUGCCCUCCCCCCUUAAAAUAUGGGGACCGGUAGCUGGUUCCCAUUUAAAGCCAUUGAUUUGAUCACCUUUGCGUGCAUGCAUCAUGGUUGUUUAUUUUUGAAUCGCUGCUUAGCUUUGUGUAUGGACGGUGAUUGAACACAUGAUUGUCCAAAAAAAAAGCGUCACUCUUGCCUCACCACAAAAAGUACGCAAAAUUGUCAGUGUCUCCAUGAGGGCAACUUUCAGGCAUUUUAACUGCAUAGGUUUUUAAUACUGCACAGUAAUUUCCCUCUCUGUAUUGUAAUUUGCAAGAGACACUUUCAAAUUCAGCAAAAAUCAAAGCAGCACAGCCUAUUGCCAUUUUGCAAUAGGCUGGUUGCGCGCAACCAUUACCAUUGUUAUUGUGAAUUCACGAGGCGGGAUUCAGACCCAUGCACGUCAUGCAUAUAAUGUGCAUACAUCAGGAGGAAUGCCGCCAGAUGUAGUCAGGUUCACUCCUAGCUACCUGUCCCCAUAUUUGAAGUCCGAUGGACAAUGAGGACAGGGAACCAGACUACAGUGGCACAUCUCGUAAAACGUACCCGAGGUCACACAACUACAAUAAUACAACACAAUGGAAAAGACAUUUUCAACAGCAAGAAAGAAACAGAUUAUGUACUUGUGGCUGGGAACAUCACUCAUGUACCAUGCGCGCAAGUAGCUGAUGAAAGUGGUCAGUCUGAGCACCCUUGAUGAUUCAUGAGUGCUCAUUAUAUGUGAGGUUAUACAUAUAUGCACGUAUUGUGGAAUCGUUGACAUACUUUUAAAGGCAGGGUAAAUCAUUUUUGGUUUUUUUUUUUCAUUUGAGGCAACAAAAGUGCUAAAAAUCUAAAGACAGUGCUUAACAACUAACCUGAUGAAGUUUUAGCUAAGUGAAUGCUGUACAUUCUGAGAAAACAAUAUUCUAAGAUCUCUGUUUCCAUUCAAAAGUUGCAGUGUCAUGUUUUGAAUUGCGCCCGAAAUCAGCAUCCAGGACAUUUUCCCAUUCAACCGAUAGCAGCUACACGAUGUCACACACGGAAUUGACAAGUGACGGGCAUACUACACAGAUUUGCCGAAUUACAAACCAACUGCUGACGGAAAUUCCCAAAAUUGCAUCACUAGAGGCAUCUUUGGAAAAGGCCUUCUUUAAUGUUUUCUACAAAAUGACAGCAUGCAUACCAGAAAGAGCAAUGUCACAGGGAGUUUAAUUAGUGCCAUCUUUUAGCCAUGUAAGCUUUUCAAAGACAAGUUUGACUGCAACUGAUCUACUCUACCUUUAAUGUGGUGUCAUAAAUGUUAUGGUACAAUUUGGAAUGUAAGUAUUCUCCAAGUGUCAUUGCAACAGACAUUUAUGCUUGAAUUUUCCCCUGAUUUUGUUUCAGUCAAUCUCACGAAGUAUUAAUUUCAAAUGUGAAGAGGUGGUCAUUGCAAAAAUUCAGGGUGUCUUCUGGUUGUAAAUUGGAGGUAGUAAAAAUGAUUGGUCAAAACCAGAAAGUUUAUACUUCCCCCUGAAAUUAACCAUAGUAAGCCAAAUUUACAGGUGAACAGGGUGGUAUGUUAUAAAGUAAUACAAGUCCACUCUCAUAAUUGGUACAUGUAUUUGCAAUGAUAUUGUACCUAAUGAUAUGAUUAAAUUCGUUUGAAUGGGGGAGGUUAUCAUUUAACUUUUGGUGACAUUUCAUGUUCAAGUAAAAAGUAUAUAUUUCAGUUUCUUUUUGUGUGUUUUACAAAAUGUUAUUAAAAGUAAAAUGCUAUGAAAAAUAUGAUAGAAGAAUAAUUUAAACAAUUUAAAUAUAAUUUGAUUCUGAAGUCAAAACUUAAAAAAGUUACUUGUUCCUUGUCUGUAAUUCCUUUAGAUAAUUGGCAUAUUUCUUUGUGCAUUGUUUGCAUACAUACAUAUGUAAACUACAACAUUUAACACUAUGAGUGUAUGGCUGCCUCAGUUUUGAGAAUGUCGUGAGGUACGUUGUUUUCCCAGUCCAAUCAUCCGGGUUUGCACAGAAACCUUAAAAUGAGAUUUCAUGACAUUCCCAUGACAAUAUUGGGGCUGCCCAUGACUGAAUCAUAUGCCUUUUUGGCAUCUUAGGAGCCUAUUUACAAUGCUCUGGCCAGUCAUCAAUAUCAAUAGUUAUUAAUGAUCACAUAUAUAUAUUUUGAUUGUUGAAAAUACAAAAAUAUCAACAAAUGCAAUAAGAAA